UUGUUUGUUUCUCUUCCUUCCUUGUUGUGUAAACAGAAUCUAUAUUAAGCAGUUAUGCAAUGUGGAAUGAAUCGCACAAGAGCAGAAAGGUCGGGUGGAGCUUCUGCUCUGAGUUCACAGCAGAUCAUGCACCAUUCCAAGCCCCUCAUUUCCAGAAACAUUGUGUAGUGUGGGAGUUGCUCUGCAUGGUUGCUUACUGGGCCACAGCCAAAGACAAGCGACGUCCCAGAUUCUGACAGAGUGGCCUCUGUGCAGUACCCACUAUGGCAAUCAGGGACCCUCCUGAGGAGAGGCCUCAGGACUGGAACUUGGCACUAGAACCUUGCUCUGCCACUGUCCUGCUGUGUGAUCGUAGCCAAGUCACAGCUCUGCUCAGUGCCUCAGUUUCCCCUCUCUCAAUUUAGAUUGUGAACUCUUCAGGGCAGGUAGGUGUCCAUGUAGCACUCAGCAUAGUGGGGCCCUGAUCUCAGUGUGGCCUCUAGAUGCUACAGUAAUUACACCUCUUACAGUGUCCCGGCUGUGCUUUCCUUGGCCUGGCCUUUGGGCAGAAGUUUCCCGCUGUCUCUCUGGUCGGGGGUGGGUGUGCUUUUUUGUAAUUGUUCAAUUGUCCGUUACUUUCGGGCUGGAUUAGCAGCAGCAUAGACCCAAAUGCUUGCAUUAGGCCUAGUGGGGACAAUGCAGGGCAGUCUACCCAGCUGUAUCCCCGUAUGGACUUGGAGGGGUUGGGAUUUUUCUACGAGCCAGGGGAGAACUGGUAAGGACUAUUUAUUUAACUGCUGGGCAGUGCAGGGAGGUGGCCUUUACCCAGCUCUCGCUGUCUAUGGGCUCUUGUUGAAAAACCUGAGGGGUGGGGGGUUCGACAGGGCAGAAGUAGCAGGAGUGGUCAGGUGCUGCAGUAGACCUAAGUCAGGUCCCCAUGUCUUGCGUUGUCUCAGGUGGGGAUGUGGAAGGAUCUCUCCACUUGAUCGCUAGGGCUGGGGGGAUUUCCCAUCCCUCCUCAGCAACUGGAGGGAGAGUGAGCCACCUGCCAGAGGCAGUUAGCCGAGCGUCUGGCAGGAACGGAUGUGGCUGAGGUGGGGAAGCGUUCACAGCGCUGCACUGGCUCCCACGACUCCAGGAAGCCACCCUGAAAGCGAAAGCAGUGGCCAGAUGGCCCACCGUCAGGAGCUGUUGACAAACACGGCAUGUCUCUGAACAGGAAGCAAGGCAGCUACCUGCGUCAGAGAGCACUCAGCUUUAAAGGGAAGAGGAAGAAGAAGACAUCCACAAUGGAGGCUGCUGGGCCGGGGCCUGUGGAAGAGGCUGAUGCUGUGAAACCUGGACCCGAGGGGAGCCAGAGCACUGUGGACCCAGUGGACCAGGUGGACUCGCCAGCACUGAAGCCGGACACCAGCUCCAAAGAAGAGCAGAAGAAGCUGGUGGAGGAGAUGGGGGAUGAGCAGGCAUCGAGCAGGGAGAAGGAGGAGGAGCAGGCCUUCCUGGUCAAUCUCUACAAGUUCAUGAAGGACCGUCACACCCCCAUCGAGAGGGUGCCUCAUCUUGGCUUCAAGCAGAUUAACCUGUGGAAGAUCUACAAAGCUGUGGAGAAGCUGGGAGCAUAUGAGCUGGUCACAGGAAGACGCCUCUGGAAGAACGUGUAUGAUGAGCUGGGAGGCAGCCCAGGAAGCACCAGUGCAGCCACCUGCACCAGGAGGCACUACGAGAGGCUGGUCCUCCCGUACGUGCGACACCUGAAGGGUGAGGAUGACAAGCCCCUGCCCCCCGCCAAACCCCGGAAGCAGUACAAGGUCUCCAGGGAGCCCCGUGGGGAGCAGGGCGAUGAUGCAGCCGAAAAGAGCAAGAGAGUCAAGAAGGAGAAAAGUGGAGACCAGGUUUUGCCUGAGAAGGUGAAGCCAGAUGCCUCUGCCGCUCCCAAACGGGGCAGGGAGACUGUGACGGAUGGACCCGAGCAGAGCCGACCGGGAGACCGAGCUGAGGGGCUCCCCAUUUCGAACACCAAAGACUUGGCCAAGAGCCAGCUGUCCGUGAGCUGCCACAGCAACUGCAGAGCCCACGGCUGCUCCGAGGCCUACAAACGGCUCUUCUCCAGCUUCUACUUCAAAGGGAACCAUGGCAUCAUGUCUCCCUUGGCCAAGAAGAAGCUGCUGGCUCAAGUGAGCAAGGCGGAAUCCCUGCACUGUCAUGAGAGACACCUGAGCCACUGCCCCGAAGGCAAGAAAUCCAGGUCUGCAGGGCUCCCCUGCCCCAGCCCAGAGCUUGACUCCAACAGGCCAUCAGUCAUUCAUCAGAGCAAAGAGGGAAGGAGCCCUGUGCCAGAGGGGGAUGAUGCCAAUGACCCAGCCCAAGUGUGUCACCCCCCUAAUAAAGGGGAGGGGGCACCAUGCCCAAAGGGAUCUCUGAGCCCCAGAGGCAGCCAGAUAUUUCCGAGGACAGAGGACGGGAGUUCAGGGCGCCACCUCUCCCCUGCUCCUGCCAUCUUCACUGGCCACUUCCAUGCGUACAGAAGUGAGGUUCUGAAACCUGUGAGCUGCCACCCCCUACGAGGCCCGAUGGAGUAUUUUCGUGGCUUCAAGGAUUUCCCAGAGUCUCUCUCCAUCUAUCAGCAGCCAGGCAAGGAGCUGCAGCAAGCCAACCUCCCUCGGAAGAGGCAGGAGGGUACAGAGGAUUGUGUGGAGCAGCCAGAAGAUCUGCGCAGCAAAGCGAGCCAGGCUAUGCCCUCCUGGAGCAGAGACAGCCAGGGAUCCUCCGCCUUCUACAAAAGUGGCUCUGCAGGGAGCAGAGGCUCUCCCUUCGCCAGUGUGAAAGGCUGCUGGGUUCCACCCAUCGCCAGCUUUGCCAAGACCAGUCCCCAGCUACCCAAGAAUGGAGGGCUCAUCCAGCCCAUCCCACAGAGCCAGGUGGGCAGCCCUGCCCUGGGCCUCAGGCCGAGGAGCAAGCGCAGUCUGGAGGAGGAGGGCUUUGUUCAUGGGAAGAAGCUAAAGGCCAUCUCGCCUCUCGUCAAGGGAGUGGAGCCAAAGGACAAGCGCGGCGAGUCGCCGAGCCUCCAGCCGGGCCUGGCCAAGCCCCAGGCUAUGGUACCAAACUCCAGCUUCCCAGCGCCACUCCCCUCCGCUGCAGGGCAGGAUAGUUACAAAGGGACUAUGCUGAGGUUCCCGGUGAACUUUGGCACCCCCGCGGACCAUUUAAAGGGCCAGUCCUCUCCACUGAUCCCUUCACACUCUGUCAACCCAUUUGUCAUCCCUGCGUUUCCAGGCCACAUAUUAGCUGCCUCUACUCAAUCCUCAGACCUCUGCCGGCCACUGGCUGCCAGCCUAGUGCACUACCCUACGUCUUACGACGGCUCGCUGCGGCACAGGCUAUACCCUGUUUCGACGUGGCACAAUCAGCCAACAUACGCCUCCCCCCACGGGACCACCUUCCACCGGAACAACAAGCUGUAGCCACUGGCGUGGACACUGUCCUUUGUCGAGAGAGAGGGUUUCUACUAAUGGUAGUGGGUCUCAGCCAGCCAUGGCUCAGGGGUAGGACACUCAGUAACACUGGAGUUGCAGCUGUGCUGCAUCUCGCCUUUGGAGCUGCCCCUGUCCCGUGGCCUUGUGUUGCAAAGCGGUAAGAGAAUAUAUGGACGCGCUGGACCACAUCAUUUUUACUCUUGAUCUUUGAGCUUUAUUUGUAAUUGACAUCGUACGCUGGGGACUUCGACACACACAUUGUGGGUUUAAAAAAAAAGGGAGCAAAAUAGGUUCUGGAGAUUCCUCUUAAUGCCAGAGGUGACCCCAUCCACCUUGUAGUUGCUCAGACAAGUAUGUUCCAAAAUGCAGCGCGAACUUGGAUGUUGUCGGUCCAUGCUCCUUAAUAGCAGGACUGAAAAUAGGAGUGUAAUGACAAGGAGAGAGGAGAAAUUCAAAUGAACUAACAAGUACUUUUUCUAGGGUAUCCCAAUAUGCCAGCUGAGUUUUUGGAGUGCUCUAUGAUCCAUGUUACAGAGCACUAGUUCUUCUGAUCUAAAAACGGAGCAAGUUUAUUUCAGUUGAGUUGCCUCGAGGACAGGAAUCCUGGGUUUAAAUUUCCAGGGGAUUGGGGGUGGGAAGUUAAAACACCCAUUGGUUUUGCAGAACCCUGAAAUGGAUUGACAUGUUCCCAAGCUACUCUCAUGACACUGUCUGUGGAGGUUCCUGUGGAUCUCUCCAAAGGCUGCAUUGGUCUGGUUGGAAGCAUCUAGGUGUCUACAAUAAAACUGGCCAAGAUGGUGCAAAACGG